AUGAACCGGCUACCGGAGACGAACAAAGGUACCGUUACUUCUUGGAUCCCGAUCCCGACAGCUCACCCUCAUCAACCCGGCUGUGACAAGUACUGGUGGAAAUACGUCCCGUCUAUAAUCGCGGCUUGGGAUCCGGGGUAUGGAGUCUCCGUUCAACAAGAUGCAACAUGCCUUCCUAAGCCUGUCACGACAUGGUGGUUACAAGAUCGACUGGGCCCUAUCCAUGAGACGGUUCUAAGCUUGGGGCCUAUGACCUGUCCGCAAGACUACUAUACCGCUACUGUAGAUUAUGACUUCGUACAAUUCCUGGGCCCAGGGGAUACGGGGCAAUGCACCUCGGAGCUCAAAGCGGGCAGCACAAUCACGUAUGCUCAAAGAGAUCCCGACUGGAAGAUUACCACCUCGAGCGUUAAGGAUGACACUACUGUCGCGGCAAUUCCCGUGAACGGUUGGGUAUUUUCGAGUCCUACGCAAGCCACAACAGAUAGCACAGACAAUUGUGACGCCUCGAUAUCAAACGCAUUAGCGAACCAAAUGGGAGUAGGAAAUGGAACCUGUGAUACAGCCUGUGGCAAUCAGAUCUCAGCAGGUGCUGCGGCCGGGAUUGGAAUAGGAGUGUCUCUAGGAGUUACUGGACUAGCUGCCCUGGGGGCUGGCCUUUUCUUUCAUCGAAGAAAUCGGAAGAGGGUGGAAAAGAGAAAUCCAGCAACCCAUGCCACCCAAUUUGCAAACGAAAAUGAAAAUGGAAAUGAAAAUGGGAAAGAUGUAAACACAAGCGCACAGGUCUAUUCGAUGUACUCGUCCAACACCCGAGAAACACCAAGCCCAUCAGGAAGACCUCAGUACCAGCCAAUCGACAGGGAUACAUGGGACAUAUCGACGCGCAGUUCGGAACCAACACAUCUGGCUUCACAUUCGAAUGCGAGGACGGUUCCUCACGGCGAAAUGGAAGGGAUGUCAUAUCAAGGAAUAGGAGACAGCAGCAGAACAACGGGUUUAGGGUUCACAGGCGUAUCCCAUCUAGAUUCCGACGAGGACUGCAGGAAAAGGACGGAAUUAGAAGGGGAAUUCGACCGGAACGUGAAAGUGUCAUUGUCGACGCCUUGGAUAGCAUCAACAAGAUCUGUACCACCACCACCAUCAUCGUCAUCAAAUCACCACCCUCCAUAUUAAUCACAUCAAAUAGCCGCAAGAUGAUGACAUGUCGUUCAACUAUGUGAGCAGAAUAUCACUUACACGGGAUAUGAAUAUGUCUCUGAGCAUGUUCUACAUGCUAACUACAUGCUAACUACUACGUGCAAGACGUCUAUCUAUACCUAGUAUCCAAAAUAUCGGCCACAUUCCUGUUCGGAGGACAUUGCUACCGAAGUACGUCAUGUGGCUCCGUAUAGGAGUAACAUAUCAGAAAGCAUGCAACUAAGACUGAUCCCCUCAGAAUGGUAGGGUGACACGUGAACUUGCUACCCUGAUAGCCUUGCUCAACCAAACUCGAGGAUAUAUUCUGAUACAGCCUUAUAUUCCUAUUUCGUAGUUGGCAUGUA